CUCUACGACAACAUCAUGGACUCUGCUCUCCUCUCAGUCGUUACGCUGGUCGUUGUUUUCACCUCCUCGCUGUCCUCCUCCGACGUCGUUCCCUCUCCUUCCUUCAUUCUACCGUUUACCGACUGUAUCCAGAGCCGCGGGAGAGACGGGUUCUACCAAGGGGCUGUGGACGUGACGGAGUCCGGUGCGGUGUGUAUGAGGUGGAGCGAGGUAGCGGGGUUUGAGGAGCGCUAUCCGGGUAAAGGGUUGGGGGAACAUAACCGAUGUCGGAACCCGGACAACAGGAUCAGACCCUGGUGUUUCUUCAGGAACAGCCGCGGCAGAACCGACUGGGGCUACUGCGACUGUAAACAAGGGUCAGUGCGCCUGCAGGGCGGCCGCUCUAAGCUGGAUGGCAGGGUGGAGGUGUAUCUUCAGGGGGUCUGGGGGUCUGUCUGUAGUGAUGACUGGGGAGACCAGGACGCUACAGUGGUGUGCAGACAGCUGGGACAGGGUUUCUCUGGGCGAGCGCGCUCCUCCGCCCUGUCUCCUCGAGGGGGUGUGGUCAGAAUGCACUGGGGGGCGGUCCACUGUCAGGGGGAGGAGCCUGAUAUACUGCAGUGUCCCAGUGUCCCAUGGAACGGAGGGGAGUGUCCCCACGCUGCUGCUGUCACCUGUUCCCCAUUGGAAGUGGUAGCAGUGGUGCCAGUGAGGUUGGUGGGGGGCGUGGCAGCGUGGGAGGGGCGUGUUGAGGUGUUCCACGGGGGCGUGUGGGGAUCCGUCUGCGACGACCAAUGGGAUGAGAGCGACGUGGAGGUUGUCUGUCGACAGCUGGGCCUGGGGGGUGUAGCACGAGCGUGGGGUCAGGCGUAUUUUGGUGCGGGGUCAGGCAGGGUGUGGCUGGAUGAGGUGCGCUGCACAGGGAACGAGCUGACUCUGGAACAGUGUCCUAAAGCUGCCUGGGGAGAACACAACUGUCUCCACUCUGAAGACGCAGGGGUCUCCUGUACCCCUCUCCCUGAUGGUUCCGUGCGGUUGUCUGGGGUUAGUGGGAGCAGUGAGGGCAGACUGGAGGUGUUGUAUAGAGGGCAGUGGGGGACGGUGUGUGACGACGGAUGGACCGACUCUAACACACAGGUGGUCUGUGGACAGCUGGGGUACAGAUCAGGGGAAUCUCUUCCUCCGGAGGGGUCAGAGGUCGCCCCAGGUGGGCAGUUUCCGGCAAGGUCAGGCCCCAUCCUAUUGGACGAUGUGAGCUGUACCGGGAAGGAGCCAAGCCUAUCACUGUGCAGCAGGAGGGCGUGGCUUAGACAUGACUGUUCCCACAAGGAAGAUGUCAACAUUCGCUGUAGGGACAAACUCACACACCCCCUGCAGAGUGUCCCGGUGAGGCUGGUAGGAGGAGAGAGCGUUAAGGAGGGGAGAGUAGAGGUGUACCUCCAGGGGGUAUGGGGGACGGUGUGUGACGAUGGAUGGACAGACGUAAACGCAGAGGUGGUGUGUCGACAGCUGGGAUACAGUGGAGUGGCGAAGGCCCGUGUGAUGGCGUAUUUUGGCGAGGGGGAGGGGCCUAUCCAUGUGGACAACGUGAAGUGUUCUGGCGAGGAGCGUUCAUUGGUCGACUGCCUCAAACAGCCGACCGGGACGCAUAACUGUCGCCAUAGCGAAGACGCCGGGGUCAUCUGUGACUACGGCCAAUCACAGUUCAGCGACACAGAGGGCAAAGACCCUGUGUAUCAUGUGUGUGGGUUGAGACUGAUACAUACACGCCAACGCAGAAUCAUAGGAGGAGAAAACUCACUGAGGGGAGGCUGGCCAUGGCAGGCAGCGGUGCGUCUCAGAGGCUCUCGGGGGGACGGAAGGUUGGUGUGUGGAGCGACUCUCAUCAGCUCCUGUUGGAUACUGACCUCAGCCCACUGCUUUAAGAGGGAUGGUAACAGCACUAAACAGUACAAGGUGAGGGUAGGGGACUACCAUUCUCUGGUUCCCGAGGAGUUUGAGGAGGAGUACGCCGUCGAUCAGAUCGUCCUGCACCCUAGCUACCGUUCCCACAGCAACGACUACGACCUGGCCUUGGUGCGUCUGUCGCCGGGAGUGGCGGGGAAGGGCCGUGGUCGAUGUGUGGCGUUCGGUCGGCACGUCCUGCCCGCCUGUCUGCCGCUACGCAAGGAGAGAGUCCUGAAACAGGCUUCCAACUGUCACAUCACAGGCUGGGGGGACACGGGUCGGUCCUACUCUAAGACCCUCCAGCAGGCUCCUCUCUCCCUCCUCCCCCGUCGUCACUGCCAACAGCGUUACCAUGGAGCCUUCACUAGCCGCAUGCUCUGCGCCGGGACAGACAGCCAAUCGGAGCGCCGCGUGGACAGUUGCCGCGGAGACAGCGGCGGCCCGUUGGUGUGUGAACGUCCGGGCGGAGGGUGGGUCGUGUACGGUGUGACGUCAUGGGGUCACUCCUGUCGCACGCAACACUCGCCUGGCGUCUACACUAAAGUCUCCGCCUUCACACCCUGGAUACGCAAGGUGAUUGGACAAUGAGAGGGAUACAGGAACUGGAUCUGCAAGGUGAUUGGACAAUGGGAAGAAUACAGGAAGUGGAUCUGCAAGGUGAUUGGACAUUGGGAUAAGGGCAUGAAGAGAUGACAGCCAAUGUGAGACAGUGGUAGAUCAUAGACUGGCCAAUUGAGAAGAACUUUAUUUGGAGCUUGUGAUUUGAUUGGUCAGUAAAUAAAUGGUUUCAAACCAGUUGAAAGGCUUGACCAAUCUCACCCCUGUCUCUCUUUCAUAUCCACCCCCUCCCCCCUUUACCCUCUUUCUCUCUCAGUGGAGAUUCUUAACAAGACUUAAUUUGAUUUAAAAAAUUGCUAGGCUUUGCUACGGUGUGGACUAAUGAACACGCCCCAGACAACCAGUCUAAAAUGUGAUAUAUUGUUCUAUGAACGACCUGAUGAAAGCUACUACAGCUACAGCACAUUGUUGUUGACAUC